CCGGCUAGUCAUGCACCCCGGCAAUGGCUAUGCUCAAGAGCAUGCCAGGACUCGUCCGCCCUGUUAUCAGUCCUGUCAAGGUCCACCCUUGCGCCAGCUAGACACAGUCGCCUNCUUGACCACACGAGCCAAACAACCGCUAUCGCUACCCUCACAUUCCCUCGGCCUCUCGUGCGCCCGCUUGACACCCCUGUCACGCCCGUCAUUACAUUCUUCCACCCAAUCUGCCAUAGCAUUGGCCUUACGACGCCCAUUNNCACUCGCUCUGCCAUCGUCGCAAAGUCUCAAGAGGCCGCUCGCUCAUAUCGAGAUGAGAUCAAGCACCAACAAGAUCCCGACGACGACGAUGCCGCCGACGACCAAUCUUUCAAGCCUACCGAAAAGGCAAAGAGUGCUGCUCAGCUGAACCUGUCGGCGAAGCUGAGCAAAGACGGUACCGGAAAGACGGGCGGUCAAAAUGAGAUUUGGAGAUUGCUCAAGAUUGCCCGUCCCGAACUCAAGGUCCUCUCCUGGGCCUUCCUCUUCCUGCUCGUUUCGUCAUCCAUCUCAAUGUCUCUACCCUUUUCCAUUGGUAAGAUUCUGGAUGCUGCUACUAAGCCUGCCGAAGAUGGAGGCGCCGACCUCCUCUUCGGCAUGACCAUGCCUGUCUUCUAUAUUGCUCUAGGUACCGUUCUGUCCAUCGGUGCUGCUGCCAACUAUGGUCGCAUCAUUAUCUUGCGCAUCGUUGGUGAACGUAUCGUUACCAGACUGCGCUCUCAGCUUUUCAGACGUACUUUUAUCCAAAACGCAGAAUUCUUUGAUGCCAACCGAGUAGGUGACCUGAUUUCACGUCUCGGUUCAGACACCAUAAUCGUCGGAAAGAGUAUCACCCAGAACGUCUCUGAUGGUCUACGAUCCCUGGUCUCAGCUGUCGCUGGUUUCGGACUCAUGGGCUACGUCAGUCUCAAGUUGACCGGUAUUCUGGCCCUCAUGUUCCCUCCUGUCGCCAUCGGAGCUUUCUUCUACGGUCGCACCAUUCGCACUCUUUCAAGACGUAUACAAAGAAAUCUCGGAACCUUGACCAAGAUUGCCGAAGAGCGUCUAGGAAACGUCCGCACUUCACAAGCAUUUGCUGGUGAGCAACAGGAAGUGCACCGCUACAACACUCAGGUCCGCAAGAUUUUCGAUCUCGGCAAGAAGGAAGCCCUUAUCAGCGCCGUGUUCUUCAGUUCUUCGGGCUUCAUGGGCAAUAUGACUUUCCUGGCUCUUCUGUAUUUCGGAGGUGGCAUGGUCAAGACUGGAGCUAUCAGUGUUGGUGACCUGUCCAGUUUCCUCAUGUACACAGCAUACGCUGGCUCAUCGCUGUUUGGUCUCUCAGGGUUCUACUCGGAAUUGAUGAAGGGUGUGGGAGCCGCCUCGCGUCUGUUUGAGCUACAAGACCGCGAACCCACAAUCAGCCCUACCAAGGGUGAACCUGUGAAGAGUGCUAGAGGCGACAUUGUCUUCAAGAACGUCAACUUCGCCUAUCCCACCCGUCCUGCCGUCCCCAUCUUCAAUGAGUUGGACUUCACCAUCAAGCAAGGCACUAACGUUGCAAUUGUUGCCCCAUCAGGUGCUGGUAAGUCUACCGUGGCUAGUCUGAUCAUGCGCUUCUACACACCAGCCGCCGGGUACGUUCUUAUCGGAGGACGUGAUGUGACUACCAUGAACGCCAAGCAGUUGAGAAGGAAGAUUGGCUAUGUCGGACAAGAGCCUGUCCUCUUUUCAGGCACCGUCGCUGAGAAUAUUGCCUAUGGCCGUCCUCUAGCGACUCGCGCCGAGAUCAUUGCUGCAGCGCGCCAGGCGAACUGCCAGUUCAUCUCCGACUUCGGCCUCGAAACACAUGUUGGCGCAAGAGGCACACAACUUUCUGGUGGUCAGAAGCAGAGACUAGCAAUCGCCCGCGCCUUGCUUAAGAACCCAGACAUUCUGAUCCUCGACGAAGCAACCAGUGCAUUGGAUGCUGAAUCAGAGACUCUGGUCAACCAAGCCCUGAACACUCUCCUUGCAGGCAACAACACCACAAUUUCUAUCGCUCACCGCUUGUCAACCAUCAAACGCUCCGACAUGAUCAUCUGCAUAGGCAAUGACGGCAAAGUAGCAGAGACCGGAACGUACAACGAACUCAGCAAGAAAAAAGAAGGCGCAUUCAGCAAACUCAUGGAAUGGCAAAUGUCCGGCAAUGAAGCAGCCAGAUCUCGUCCUCACGGCCCAAAGAUCGGCGAAGAGGAGGAAAUCGAGCAUGAUCUCGCAGACAACGAUUCUGCCGAAGGUCAAGAGCAGAUGCAAGAGCAAGGUACAAAGUACAGGGGUGAGGACAUCACUGCUGGAGAAGCCGUUGCUGAGAGAACGCCAAAGAGCACGGGGAGG